AUGCGUCUUUCGCUCGCCAGCGCUUCGGCGCUUCUGCUGUGGGCGGGAGAGGCCACAUCCCAUGCCAUUCCGGCCGCUGAUGGCAAUGAGAUAGUUGCGCGCGACCAGACCUACCGCGCCAACAAUGGCGUGCAGUUCGCCACCGAGACUGGCUUCGAUUACCAUGGCGGGGAUUACAAGACGGUUUCCGCCAACAGCUUUCACGACUGCAUUAAUUCUUCCGUAAACGUGGCCACCAGGAAUAGUAAAUCGAGCGGUGCGGUCCGAGUACAAUAUAUGCCAACUCCAAUUACGUGUCCGGCAGCCGGUGGUAACCAAGUUAAGGCGGCUAAUGGACAACUCUUUACCGUUCAAUGUGGAGUUGACCAUCCCUAUGGCGAUCUUAAGUCAGUACAAACACUGGACUUUCCUAACUGUAUUAGCCUCUGCAGUGAGACAAGCGGUUGUGUCGCUGCUAGUUGGCGGUCUCUCACCUGUUACUUGAAGAAAUCUUUGCAGCCGGGCGUUGCCAACUCUAAGGCCAGCACUGCUGUGUUGAGUUCGGUACUGCCAGCCACGCCAGCUUUCUGCCCAGGCCCGAGCGGCCAGCAGAUUAAGGAAACAAGCGGUAGAACUUUCACCAUCGAAUGCAAUGCUGACCAUUCGGGUGGUGAUCUGGCGAACAAGUUACUGUCUAACUUUGGCAAUUGUAUUUCUUGGUGUGACGAGACGGGCGGUUGUAUUGCCGCUGUCUAUCACGAUGGCCGGUGCUGGCUUAAGAACAAGCUCACGGCUUCAUCGACACGCACCAACAGCCAGGUGGCCGUGCUAAGUUCCGUGCUAAGCCCUCCCCCCUCCCUUUGUCCGAGCCAGAACGGCAAGCAGAUUAAAGAGCCAAGUGAUAGAAGCUUCACGAUUGCUUGCAAUGUAGACCGUCCCGGCGGCGAUUUGGCGUCAGCGAAGCUCGACAACUUCAAUAGUUGCAUUGCCUGGUGUGACGAGACAAACGGCUGUAUUGCUGCUGCCUACCACGAUGGCCGGUGCUGGCUGAAGAAGACACUAUUGACAUCUUAUGCUCACAUCAACGGCCAAAUUGCCGUGCUAAGCAGCAAGCUGCCGCAGACGUCAACCCAUACUACGUCUACAUCUACUCACACUACAUCCAGAUCUACCAAGAAGACCACAUCAACGACUACCAAGUCCUCAUCUACGUCCACUCCCACUACAUCUACGUCUACGCAGCACACCACGUCAACAUCCACCCAGAAGACCGCAACGACGACAAUGACUUCCGAGUCCACAUCAACAUCCGCCAGUGUAUCGGCCAAUACCCAGUCUACUCAGAUUUCCACUUCUGUCACCACUGCUACUACCUCAAGCGCUGCUUCCAGCAGCUCCUCUGAUACUAGUUCUGCCACCGGUUCCACCACUUCAACUGAAGCCACGGCCACGGCCACCGCAGCUUCAACCAACGCUGAGUCGACAUCCACGUCAGCCUCAGACAACCCAUCAAGUGUCACAGAUACCUCUACAAGCACCUCAGAUAUCUCAUCGCAAAGUGCGGCUCCGAUUGUUACCGGUGCUCCAGCUCCAAACGGCGCCAUUCAAACGCCGACGGGUGCCAUCACUCUUCCACCUCAGCCGACUGUGACUCUUAGCCCGUUGACGCCUCCAAACGUCGAUGUAGCAGGCACUGCUUAUCCCUCAGUUGUACUGGACAACUCCAUCAACAUCAACAAUGUCCAGUGUAACUCGGGGACUCUGUCCGCCAGCUUCAAUGGCACUGCAGCCUAUGAUGCGGCCAAGAAUUCCUGGGCAGCAGCUGAGUCUGCGGGCAAUAGCUCUACCCUUAUCAUCAUCACGGCUGCCCCUGGAUGUAGCUUGGAUGGCCACUACGUAUACUUUGUAGCUAGCCACUUCGCUUUUGACGAUAAUGCCAUGUCUGUUAGCUGCUCUGGCUCUAUUGAGUCCGUCUCCGAUAUUGCCCAGGCAGUUGGCGUCGACUUUGGCUCUAUUGAGACUUCGGUGCCACCCCUCCAGUCAGAUCCUGAACUUGCGGCCGCAUAUGGGUGCACUUCACCUAUCGCAGCGGACAUCCACGGCUUACCCGCGAUUUACUGUGGUCCUGAUUUCGAUCAGCGUCUUGAUAACCAGUUGGGCUACUAUUCUAUGGCAGACACAGAUGUCAAUGCCACACUGGCGGCUGUGAUACCCGGAGUUGAGAACGACGCCCUUGAGCGCCGAGGCCUAAUCGAGCGCAGAUGCUUGAUCGAAUCUGUAUGCAAGAUGGCUAAAAAGGUAGAACAAGUUGCAACAAAUACUUAUCAUGCCGUUGCUAAUGAAGCAUCAUCUAUUGGGAAUACUCUCGGCAGCAUGGCCCAAACGCUUGGCAACGAUGCUCUAUCAAGCUUCAAGAAAUUCGCCACGGGGGCGCUAUCAAUGGCUGAGAAUUGCGCCCGGGGAGUGAUAGCAGUUGCAACUUUCCUCGUCACGGGUGACUAUAACAGAUCGUUUGACUUCCCCUUGGCCGUAGCACCGCCACCCAGCGCGCUAGAUGACUCUCCCUGGGGUGAUGCCUUUAAUUUCUAUACGUGGACUCCUGAUAAGGGUGAUUUCUGGAAUGCUCAGGAGGAGGCUAUUGACAAGAUUACAAGCGUCCUUAUUGGUGAGGCGGACCCGGAGCCUAGUAUCGAGCUUUGGUGUGUUAAUUGCCAUGCUACUGGCGAUCUCCAGCUUCUCGGUAGCGCCUCUUUCUCGUUGUCACAUGGCCUCACCAAGGCCCAGCUAUCUAUGAGCGGGAACCUUGACGCCAGUCUCUACCUUGGCAUGAAUGCUUUCGCCGAAUGGGACCCUACCAAAGAGGUUGAUAUUGUUACUAUGGGCCUGCCGGAGCUUGAGAUACCAAAUAUUCUUGUCCUUGGUCCUAUUGUUUCGCUUGGUGUCUCCAUUGAUCUAGAUGUCAGCGCUGUUGGACAGUAUCUCGUUGGCGCUGACAUGAACUGGCCACAGCUCUCAGCUACCCUUGAUGUUCUUUACCCUGGUAGUUCUUCCCAGUCAGGUUGGGUCCCGACCAUCCAUGACUCCGUUCAGGCUGAUGGUAGCUUGACUAUUAACUCCACUCUUGGUCUCCCCAUCACCCUUGCCUUUGGAAUUAACAUCCUGAACGGUAAAUACAAGAAGGAGGUCAAGCUUGUCGAUACCCCUGGCAUUCGGGCUAGCAUGGAGUAUGACUGGACCAACGAGAUCAACAACGGCACCGUCAACACCGACCCUGCUGAUGAUUGCUAUGGCAUCCACUGGAGCAUUGGCGUUGUCAACACUGUUGUGCUCGAUCUUACCGAAAUUGAUCUGGGCACCCAUACGCUGGAGGAGUGGGAUGCCCCGGUCUUUGCAUCGGGUUGCAUUGGCGAGAGCCUCAGCAUCGCAUCACCCACGGCUACCGUGGCGGCUCCAACAGGGGGAACUACCUCCGUCCCAACCUCUCAGGUGGACUGCUCUUCGCUUAGCUGUCCGAACGAUAACGGACAAUAUUGCGUCUCAAAUGGAGCAUCCUUCCAGAUCAACUGCGAGGCCAUAUAUCCGCCAGGACAAGUUGAUGGACUCGGUCCACGCGGCAGCAUCGACGAGUGCAUAAGUGCUUGCGCGACUAACGGCGCCUGUAUUGGCGUUAAUUGGGAUUCUAAUCAUAAUUUUAUAUUUGGUUGCGAGCUGUAUUAUAGUCGCACACCCACUUACGAUGGGCAGGACGCACCAAGGUGGAGCUACACAAAGGUGGCAUCACCACAAAAGAAGAGAAUGAAUCUUGUCCAGCGGGUGACGACGGUGGACACCAGUGCUGCCCCUACCGGGAUAGUCAACUCCAACGACAUUGUUGCCGACACGUUCAGUCUAACUGCGUCGUCUACUGGUACCACCACGGCUACCACCACGGCUGCAAGCAGCACCGCCGAGGCAGGCUACGAUACGGCGCCUGUCACCAUCACCGACAUAACUGGCCAGCUGCUGGUUAACCCUCACGUAAACGGUAGCUUGUUCGUCUCUCCAGCCAACAGCACCGUGUCAAUGACCAGCCUGACCAAUGACACCACUUUCAUGGCUGAUCUUACCAACCCUCUUGUCAUUGGCGACUCGGCCAGCCGAAUUCUUUACUACUUCCCCAGCACCAUCUCUGCUGUAGGUGCCUCACGCCUGCGCUUGGCCACUUGGGACGCCAUCCCCAUCGGUGCUGAAAUGAUUAUGCUGUUCCCAACGGUUACCAACGCAAAAGAUACGAUUCUCAUUGCCAUGGACAGCACGCAGAACGUCUUCUUCCCCUUUGUCUGCGCCAUCGAGGGUCAACUGAACAAGAUUUUCCUCGUGUCUAGCUUUACGACCGGCGCGUCCACGCUGAUGGAUCCCGAUUUGACGUAUACCGUUAUCGGUGGUGUUGCCACAUCAUGUGUGUCGCUCGCCAUGGUGGCUGAAAAUUUAACAGGUUGGGCUCCUCCUAGCCCGACCGGGGCCUAG